CAUGGUUAGGAGGAGGAGAGGACCGCGGGAGGAAGAAGGAUGGGCUGCCUUGGCGUAGCCGCAGGGAGGUGACUGAAGCGAGUCCAGCCCCUUGCAUCCUCCCCCUGUGUACCUCCUUCCUCGUUUUUUUUUUUUUUUUUUUCCUCCUCCUGCCAGCAUAAGCAGCCACCGCAGCACCUGAGCCGCUACUGCAGCUGGCUCAGGACAGAGCUAUGGCUGAGCCUGGUCACAACCCCCAUCCUUCUGCCAGAGACCGAGGAAAAACUGAAAGGUGCACACCCCGGCUUCUGUGGCUGUUGCUUUGGGCUGGGACCACCUUCCAGGUGACCCUGGGAACCGGACCCGAGCUUCAUGCCUGCAAAGAGUCAGAGUACCAUUUUGAGUACACAGCGUGUGACAGCACAGGUUCCAGGUGGAGGGUCGCCGUGCCACACAGCCCGGGCUUGUGCACCAGCCUCCCAGACCCCGUCAAGGGCACCGAGUGCUCCUUCUCUUGCAAUGCCGGGGAAUUUCUGGAUAUGAAGGACCAGUCCUGCAAGCCCUGCGCGGAGGGCCGCUACUCCCUCGGCACUGGCAUCCGAUUUGAUGAGUGGGAUGAGCUACCUCACGGCUUUGCCAGCCUCUCAGCCAACUUGGAGGUCGAUGACAGCAUCUCGGAGUCCACUGAGAACUGCACUUCGUCCAAGUGGGUUCCCCGGGGAGACUACAUCGCCUCCAACACAGAUGAAUGCACAGCCACACUGAUGUAUGCCGUCAACCUAAAGCAGUCUGGCACCGUUAACUUUGAGUACUACUACCCGGACUCCAGCAUCAUCUUUGAAUUUUUUGUCCAGAAUGACCAGUGCCAGCCCAGUGCUGAUGACUCCAGGUGGAUGAAGACUACGGAGAAAGGAUGGGAAUUCCACAGUGUUGAGCUAAAUAGAGGCAAUAACGUCCUCUAUUGGAGAACCACAGCUUUCUCGGUGUGGUCCAAAGUGUCCAAACCCGUGCUUGUUAGAAACAUCGCCAUAACAGGGGUGGCUUACACCUCCGAGUGUUUCCCCUGCAAGCCUGGCACAUACGCUGCCAAGCAGGGCUCCCCUUUCUGCAAGCUUUGUCCAGCCAACUACUACUCAAACAAAGGAGAAACAUCCUGCCAUCCAUGUGAUGCUGACAAAUACUCAGAAAAAGGAUCUUCCACCUGCAAAGUGCGCCCAGCCUGCACAGACAAGGACUAUUUCUACACCCACACAGCCUGUGAUGCUCAGGGAGAGACACAGCUCAUGUACAAAUGGGCCAUGCCAAAAAUCUGUGGUGAGGACCUGGAGGGGGCGGUGAAGCUGCCCGCCUCUGGUGUGAAGACCCGCUGCCCACCCUGUAACCCGGGCUUCUUCAAAACCGACAACAGCACCUGUGAACCUUGCCCAUACGGCUCAUACUCCAACGGCUCCGAUUGUACCCACUGCCCAGCAGGAACUGAGCCUGCUGUGGGAUUUGAGUACAAAUGGUGGAACACACUGCCCUCCAACAUGGAAACUACGGUUCUCAGUGGGAUCAACUUUGAAUACAAGGGCCUGACAGGCUGGGAGGUGGCUGGUGACCACAUUUAUACAGCGGUUGGAGCCUCAGACAACGACUUCAUGAUUCUCACUCUGGUUGUACCAGGAUUUAGACCUCCACAGUCAGUGGUGGCAGACACAGAGAACAAAGAGGUGGCCAGGAUCACAUUUGUCUUCGAGACCAUCUGCUCUGUGAACUGUGAGCUCUACUUCAUGGUGGGCAUGAAUUCCAGGACCAAUACUCCAGUGGAGACGUGGAAGGGCACCAAAGGCAAGCAGUCCUAUACCUACACCAUCGAAGAGAAUGCUACUGUGAGCUUCACAUGGGCCUUCCAGAGGACCACCCUUCAUGAAACAGGCAGAAAGUAUACUAAUGAUGUCGCCAAGAUCUACUCAAUCAAUGUCACCAACGUCAUGGGGGGCGUGGCCUCCUACUGCCGUCCCUGUGCCCUAGAAGCCUCUGAUUUGGGCUCCUCCUGCACCUCUUGUCCUGCUGGCCAUUACAUCAACCGGGAUUCUGGGACCUGCCACCUCUGUCCCUCUAACACCAUCCUGAAAGCUCACCAGCCUUACGGUGCACAGGCCUGUGUGCCCUGUGGUCCAGGGACCAAGAAUAACAAGAUCCACUCUCUCUGCUACAACGACUGCACCUUCUCCCGAAACACCCCCAGCAGGAUUUUCAACUACAACUUCUCGGCUCUGGCAGGCACCGUCUCUCUGGCAGGGGUGCCGAGCUUCACCUCAAAGGGGCUGAAAUAUUUUCAUCAUUUCACCCUGAGUCUCUGUGGAAACCAGGGGAAAAAAAUGGCUGUGUGCACAGACAAUGUCACUGACCUCCGGAUCCCUGAUGGUGAGGCUGGCUUCUCUAAGUCCGUCACAGCCUAUGUCUGCCAGGUUGUCAUCAUCCCCUCUGAGGUGAUGGGCUACAAGGCCGGGGUGUCCUCACAGCCCGUCAGCCUUGCUGACCGACUUGUUGGAGUGUCAACAGACAUGACCUUGAAUGGAAUCGUCUCCCCAGUUGAACUUUUUCACCCAGAGACCUCAGGAAUUCCGGACAUAGUCUUCUUUUUUAGAUCCAAUGAUGUGACUCAGUCCUGCAGUUCUGGAAGAUCAACCACCAUUCGCCUCAGAUGCAAUCCAAUGAAAGCUGCUCCUGGCACCCUGCGGCUACCCAGCAUGUGCUCUGAUGGGACCUGUGAUGGCUGUAACUUCCACUUCCUGUGGGAGAGUGUGGCCGCUUGUCCACUCUGCUCGGCCUCUGACUACCACACUUUUGUCAGCAGCUGUGUGGCUGGGAUCCAGAGGACUACUCACAUGUGGCGAGAACCAAAGCUGUGCUCUGGGGGCAUUUCCCUGCCCGAGCAGAGAGUGACCAUCUGCAAAACGAUCGAUUUCUGGUUAAAAGUGGGCAUCUCGGCUGGCACCUGCACCGCCAUCCUGCUCACUGUCCUGACCUGCUACUUUUGGAAGAAGAAUCAAAAAUUAGAAUACAAAUACUCCAAGUUGGUAAUGAACGCUACUCUUAAAGACUGCGACCUGCCGGCAGCAGACAGCUGUGCCAUCAUGGAAGGAGAGGACGUGGAGGAUGACUUCAUCUUUACCAGCAAGAAGUCCCUCUUUGGGAAGAUCAAAUCCUUUACCUCCAAGCAGGCAGCUCCUGUCACCAUCUCUCUUUCAGAGGACUCCUGAUGGAUUUGACUCGGUGCCGCUGAAGACGUCUUCAGGAGGCCCAGACAUGGACAUGUGAGAGGUGCUGGUCCUGCCUCGCCUGCCUCCUCACCUGGGCACUCUACCCUGCAGGCCUGUGGCAGUUUAGGUGCCAGCAACCCUGCGCUCCCCGCUGCUGGGAAUCUCUUCAUUGUGGCCUUAUCAGAAGUUUGGAUUUCAGACCCUUGUUUUUUAUAGAGUACCCAAACCUGUCUCUCCGCUUGCCUCAAGCCUACCAAAUAUACCCACACUUCGUGUACUGUUUCCUUGCUUACAUCUUGUUUUCUAAACACAGUCCACCCAUGGGAGCCUCAUCUACCCAGAAUUCUUAGAGGUUUUGAGUGAAAGUAUUUUUUUUUUCUAAGUAUGAAAUUGGCUUCUAGCCUCCUGUGUGAGGGCAGGGGCAGCUGGGAGGUUUUCUGGUCAGAUACAGGCUUUCAGCUCAUGAUGUCUUUAGAAGGGGGCUGUGGUCUGAGGGACAAUCCUCAUGGCAGCCUCGACUUAUUUCUCCUGGGUAAUAAGUUGGAGCAGAGAGCAGUGGACAGUCUGAGGGCAAGGUGGGUAAAGCCUGUGUAAGAAAACACAAAGAACCCCCCCCAAAAGCAAAGUGUGGGGGGUGUUUGUUCUGUUUUAUAACCAGGAACCUCAUUUCCUUCUCUUUUAAUGAUAAAUAUUCUCAUUAAAGGCAAAGGAAGUUAUUUACCAAGAACUUGCCCAACGUUCAAUAGAUCUAUCCUCCACGACUGUUUUUGUCAAAUAUCCCUCCCAUUUCCUUAUGACACUAGAAAGAACCAGGUAAGUCUAGCUAUACCUUCCAUUGGCUUUACUGGAAGGGAAUAAACACUUGCCAGUGAGGAACACCCCCAUCUGUGAGGACCUCAGUCCUAGAGGCCUAUAGUAUCAAGGGAUGGAGCAUCUUAUUUAGAAAGAACACAGGGGGCCAAAGGUUUGAUGGGGCAGUAUAAGACUCCAGCCCACUGUGGCAUGGACCAGCUAUGGUCAUAUCUGUUUCUGUCUUUAACUUAUUUGCUAGGCCAACAAAGUUAAAAACUUGCAGACUGACCAGAAAGGAGCUGAACAUCAGGCAGAUACAAACCAAUCUUCAGGGAGAAAAAGUAGGGAUGUCUUACAAGGCCUACACCCAACUGGGGCAUUUAUCACUCCUAAGCCUCUGUCCUGGCUGUGCCUAUUCUCAUUUCACUUGUGCACUAAAUAUCUAAAAGACUCCUGGCCCUCAUUCUGGUAACACUCCUCUGAAAGGUAGAUUAGGUACCAACUCGCAAGUAGAAUGGGAUUCCUCUUCCCAUCUCCCUUUUACUCCAUCUAUAAUCAGUGAAAAACCUAGAAUAGAAAAACCAGAGAAUAAUUUCCAGUUAACUUUUCCCCCUACUACUGGGAAUUGAACCUCUUUCAUUCCAUACCAGAAUAGACAUCUCUUGGUCAAGCCUGAGUUGCCCAUGGUCUUCACCUGUGCCCUUCCCCCAGUGACAGGUAGUUGGUAUAAGACAGAGAGGCAUUUCUGAGGUGUUUUUCAGCCACAAAAUGGCUUGCCCGUCUGACUAGCCAUGGCUGCUCUCAUGAUGGCUUCUAAGAAUCAGAAAGAAGUGAAGCUACGCCAUGACUUUUGGCCAUCAAAGGCAUCAGUGAUAGCUAGACAAACCUGGAAGCUUUUCUUUGGGAGUUCAAGUUGUCCCUCAUUUUGUGGCUCUCAGCACUUUGAUCAUACUGGAAUAUUCUUGAGUGGCUAUGUACACCCAGGCCAUGAGCUCACAGCCAGUCUCCUGCAGCCUCUUAGGUGUCUGCUUCCCAUGGAAUAACUGCUUUCUGUGUUGAAAAUCACAGGAGAUAUUUAGACUGUUCUGGAAGACAUGGGGGAAAGUCCAUCUCUUUGGACUUCUUUAUUCAGACAUCCUGGAAUUGAGUGUCCUUCCUCCCUCGCAUCCUCAAACAGCACUGAUUCAAUGAUAGCACUUUUUGCACCUCUACCUUACUCUUUACUGGGAUGGUUUCAAAAGGAAGAGGCUCACCUGUUGCUUCUCUGACAGCUCAACAACUUCAGAUAAUUUCAGGGGCUCUACUAACACAUAAUUCACACGUCACCCUUUCAAAGCAAACAACUUUGUGACUUUGGGUAUAUCAAUUUUAGUUUUCUGUGCUGAAGAUGAAACAUUAGCAUGUCUCACAUGCUAAGCAAAGUGUUCUACCACUGAGCUACAUCAUUGACCAUGAACACACAGUUCAGAACACAUACACUAGGUCUGCGAGGGAGAAUGGCUUUAGUCUUUGAGCCAGGACUGUGGUAGUCUACACAAACUUUAAGGCCAGAGAGUUGGCUCAGGAGAUAAUGUUUAAUCUCUAUUUGGAUAUAUAGAGUCCUAGAAUACAUAAUUUCAUCCUGUAGUUAGUCAUCACCUGUAUUUGGCUGAGAAUACAUAUGAAGAUUAUGGUAUAUCCAAGGCCCAGGGGAUUUCUUAUGCCAUCAAACCUUUUUCUUUUUUGGUCCAACUAUAUUAAAGACUGACUAUAUUUAUAUAACAGAAGCUUUGUAUAAGAUUUUUCAGCUUUGUGAAAUCAUAUUUGUGUCUCAUCAAGACGGGUUGGAUUCCCUUUUUAUUCUGUAUUUCAAGCAUUUAGUUUGUUGGGGAUGGGUAUGCAUGUCUCCCCCUCCCCCCAAAUAAAAACAUAUCUUUUGAGCUGUCUUUCUUGAA